AUUUACCAAUGUUGAUGGUAUUAUUAACACCGUUUCACCGGCAGCAGAACUCAGCGACUCUGACUACAUCGCUGACACUUACACAAACAUAAAUCUAAAAAGCCCAGGAUAGUACACGUGGCACCAUCGUAACCAUCCCUCCCACGAUCUGAAAUAAUCAUCUCUUCAAUCAGAGGAGGACCCCACAAACCGUCCGAUUCUUCCUCGAGCAUUCCUUCUCCUUUCUUCUUCUCCAAAGGCAAAGAGGGAGAGAGAUCAUCUCUGUCUCACUUCAUCCCUACAAAGCCAUGGCAAGUUCUGCUGCUCCUUCUCAAAAGGCUCUGAGCAAGAUCGCGUGUAAGAGGCUUCAGAAAGAGCUUGUGGAAUGGCAGAUGAGUCCACCUACGGGUUUCAAACAUAAGGUCACUGAUAAUCUCCAGAGAUGGAUAAUUGAAGUUAUUGGAGCUCCAGGAACUUUGUACGCGAACGAAACCUAUCAGCUUCAAGUUGAUUUUCCCGAGCACUAUCCUAUGGAAUCGCCACAAGUGAUUUUCCUUCCUCCGGCUCCUUUGCAUCCUCACAUUUACAGCAAUGGGCAUAUUUGUUUAGAUAUUCUGUAUGAUUCGUGGUCUCCAGCGAUGACGGUGAGUUCUAUCUGCAUCAGCAUCCUCUCUAUGCUCUCUAGCUCCACUGAAAAGCAACGACCGACCGAUAAUGACCGAUAUGUGAAGAAUUGCAAGAACGGAAGAUCCCCAAAGGAGACGAGAUGGUGGUUCCACGAUGAUAAAGUAUAAAUCAACCAUCCAUCAAAUCAUAAAUGUAUAAUAAUCCAAAACCGUCAUGAGGUUUGUUCAUGUUUGUUGUCUCAUUUUAAUUUUAAUAAUCGGGUUUUAAGCUUCCCUAAACCCAUAUCAAAAUCCUUGAUGAUGUAGAAAAAAUUAAACAGUACGUAACAUAUUACUAACUUGAAUCUUCCUAAUUAACUCUAAUUUUUAAACGUUACUAACAAAAUACCCCAACCUAAUCUCUCUGAUGCUUCUCUAUUAGGUCAUAUAUAUACAUCAGGAAGAAUAUAUUCUCAACUACUACUUUCCCUCUCUGAUCUUCUCAUGUCACCAUGAAGCUGACGACGAAGAGGACGGUUGAGGAAACAAAGCCAGUGAUGGGUUUUGAAAGAUUCUCUGACCGGUAGCAAGUAUAUGUCGUGGAUCAAACUCAGCCUUCAUGCUGCUAAACUGAUCCCAUUUGUCUCCAUAAUGAGCCACCCACUCCUCUUGUGUCGCGUGGUGAGGAAGGUACUGCUUCACAUUGAUCUUGGCUUGAUCACAGAACUCCAAGAUCCUACGGUUCUGAUCUUUUAAAUACUCUAGCUUCUGCGUUUCCUCACCGUCCGAUAAAGCUGAUCUCAGUAGAGCCACCAGGUAGAAAACUUCCUCGUCCGGUGUAACAGCCGAGCUUCUUUCGUCCCAUCUGGCAUUACAAAAAAAAAAGAUUAACACGUCAGCACGACAAUAUCUAUAGUUAAUAAAUGAUGUGUGGGAGGGUCGUUGAGAUUGGUUUGGUUUAGUAGAAUCCGAUUGGGACCCACCACCAUUAGUUAUAGGAACUAAAAAACAAUAGACCCAAUCUGGACCGUCAAGAUUGGACAACGAACCAAAAGAGAAAGAUGAGCCGACGAUGAUGCGUUGUUAUCAAUCUUAGCUGGUUCAAUUCGAUGCACAUGUGAACAAAGUUUUUCGGACAAUCCCAUGUACCACGUGUCAGAAGUUCUUUACAAUUUCGACAAACAAUUUUUUUUUUUUGGACCACAAGUGUAACUUUGCAUGCAUGCAAAACUCGUUUUAUUCUUUUGUUUCUGUAAAGAAUUUUAUAAGUAAAACGGUGGUAAUAUAUCGAUCGA